AUGAGGUUCGUUGCUGUAACGUUCCUGGUUGGUGCUAUUAGCAGUAUAUCUGUAGAAAGCAACUCUGAAGGUGACGCUCUUUAUGCAUGGAAAACUUACCUGACAGACCCCAACAAUGUGCUUCAAAGCUGGGAUCCAACGUUAAACAAUCCUUGCACAUGGUUUCAUGUCACCUGCAACGGCCAAAAUAGUAUUAUAAGAGUGGACCUAGGUGCUGCUAACCUCUCUGGGACUCUGGUACCUCAAUUGGGAAUGCUAAGCAAUCUUCAAUACUUGUAUGUUUCAAAUAAUUCAAUUAGCGGAGAAAUCCCAAGUCAAUUGGGGAACUUGACAAAGCUAGUGAGCUUGGGUCUGGAAAAUAACCAGCUGAAUAGUCAAAUUCCAUCUUCUCUUGGCAAUUUAAAAUCCCUACGAUGGAUGAAAUUGAACAGUAAUAAAUUAUCAGGGGAAAUUCCAAUCUCGGUCUUGAAGCUCAUCUACUGGAGAAAUUUGCAGCUACUGAAUGUGUCCGAUAAUCAAUUGGCAGGGACUGUCCACCACAUUAACUAA